UGCAAAUAUAAAAGUCCCUAUUUAUCUUCGCGUGACACCAGAGUGAGUAACAGCUUCACCCGAAAAGGUAAAGAGAAUUGUUGAGACUGCCCGCGGCCAUCACUUUCAUUGCUUUGAGACACCGUUGACCAAGUUUGCGAAGUUGAAUCGAAGUGUGUGUCAUCUUCAUCAUGAAUCGUUUCUUUGAAGAUAAAGAGGUAGCUAUCAAUUAUCUCAAACACCGACCGCAUUAUUCUGCAGAGAUUGCUGAAGCAAUCAUAAAUUACUUGGCUGAACAUAAAGCGAAACCAUUUCAGAUGGCCCUUGAUGUCGGUUGUGGUACUGGUCAGCUUACACGGUCAUUGGCUCCUUACUUUGAUGAGGUUUUAGGAGUUGAUGUGAGUUCUGCGCAGAUAGAUGUAGCAAAGACGGCUCAAAAUCAAAAGAAUAUAUCUUUCAGUGUUGGUAGAGCUGAGGAUUUACCAACGCCAGAUUCCUCGGUGGACCUCAUUACAUCAGCCACCGCUAGUCAUUAGGGGGUUUUCGUUUGUCACGUUGACAUAGUCGACGUCUAAUAUGUGACGUCAUUUCCGCGAUCUGCGCAUGCGUCGGGUCGUCUGGCGUCGUCAGGCCACAUUUGCGAACCCGUUCAUCGAUGAUUUGAGGUUCGUCAGAAAACUAGUGACCCGUCGUCAAAAUGACGUCAUCUUGCUACAUCGCAGCGU